GGCGUUAUUCAAAUACCAAAGUUCAAAAAGGGGGAGUUGUGUGCCCCCUUUACCAUUCCAUCUGAACACCACACGACUGGUAUAAGUGGCGCAGACUUUGUGCUCUACGUUGCUGCUGGGCCAUCGGGUGGUGCAGCAGCGUGGGCGGGGCCGUGCGCCAGGCUGAAGAACAAACGUCCGAUUGUUGGUGUAAUGAAUUAUGAUCCCAUGUUCAUAGACACUGCAGACAAGAGUAUUCGCAUCGUGGCGCAUGAGAUUGGACACGCUCUUGGGUUCGGUUUCACGGAGAUGAGCAUGCGGAACAUUGUCCGCGAGGCCUUCAAGGUGCGUGGGAAGCCUUAUGUGACUAUGGUGACCUCUCCGCUAGUACAACAAAUGGUGAGAAAGCAUUAUGGGUGUCCCGACGCCAAGGGAAUGGAGCUGGAGGAUGAAGGUUCGAGUGGAACGUCCCUUUCUCACUGGGAGCGCCGCAACGCGAAGGACGAACUAAUGGUUGGUUUGGGUGGGAAUUUGCAUUAUACGGCAAUCACGAUGGCCUUGUUUGAGGAUUUGGGUUACUAUAAGGCCGAUUUCAGCAAGGCAGAGACAAUGAGGUGGGGCAAAGAUGCUGGAUGCGAUUUCUUAAGAAAACCGUGUUUUGUUGAUGGGGUCUCUCCAUAUCCCGACAUGUUCUGCAACCAACUCAAGGGCAAUAAAAGUUUACUCUGUACGUUUGACCGUCUGUCCUUGGGAUUCUGCACCCUGAGUAAAUACGUGCAACACCUUCCACAACACUUUCAGUACUUUAAGGAUCCGACUCUUGGUGGUGUUGGGCUUUUGGCAGAUUUCUGCCCUUUUGUUCAAGAAUAUGUUAAUGGUGGUUGUACCAAUGGAGAAGCGAGGGCCAUGCUUGGAAGUCGCAUUGGUCCAAACUCUCGUUGUCUGAAAGGCAAUUCUCUUCGUAUGGGAACUUACUCUCUUGGUGAUGUGUGCGUCAAUACACAGUGUGAUAAAGGCACCCUGAGAGUGCAACUCCUCGAUGAUGAUACUUGGUACACGUGCAAAGAAGGAGAGCACAUAACGCCGAGCAAAGUAUUCACAAGCGGCACUAUUCUCUGUCCAAAAUAUGAGGAGGUGUGCCCUGAGGUCACCGAGGACAACAACGAUGCUGCUCCUGAGACGUCUUCUGAAACUCGCUCAUCCAAAGGAGACCGUAACAGAACAAGCUCCGAGAAAUCGUCAAGGCAGCGGAGCUAUCCUUACCGUUGGAAUACCCGACGUAGACCAAGGAUUGAGUAG